AUGAAAAUAAGACAUCGACAAGUACCAUUUGUUGACGAUGAGAUGAAAGAACUGAUGAAAAAUAGAAAAAGAUUACACAAAUUUGCUCGUCUAACCCGAAUGCCAUCUGAUUGGGAGAAAUAUCGUGCACUUCGAGAUAAAGUUAAAUGUAAGCUACGCCAAGCAGAAAAAGAUUAUGUACACAAUGAAAUAUAUACUAACCCAAAUAUAGCAUCGAUGUGGAAAGUCAUCAGGAACUGCGUUCCACGUAAAGAGACCACGAAACCAAGUUAUUCCGGAGAUGUUAAGAAAUUAGCUAAUGAAUUCAAUACCUUUUUUACCUCAGUGGGGAUAAAUACAUCAGCAACUGCAUUGGCAUUGCUUACUGAACAUGGACUACCCAUACUGAAUCCACCAACAUCUACCGAAAUACCUGAGAUCGAUCAGUUUUAUUUCCAUUCAGUAUCGUGUAGUGAAAUAAGUAGGGUUGUUAUGUCCUUUUCAUCAAAUAAGGCACCAGGAUUUGACAAAGUAUCAAUGGCUGUGAUCAAGGACGCCUUACCGUACAUCCUUCCUACACUUACGCAAAUUGUUAAUUGUUCCCUGGAAACAGGUGUUUUCCCAACAGCCUGGAAGAAAGCAGAGGUUAUCCCACUUCUGAAGGAAGGGGAUUAUGAAAUUCCGAAUAAUAAUCGGCCCGUGUCGUUGUUAGUGGCUGCAUCUAAGAUCUGUGAACGUGUGGUAUUGAAACAGCUAACAGAAUAUAUGACAAAGAAGAAAAAAUUUACUAAACAUCAAAGUGGAAAUAGGAAGUUACAUUCAACCGAAACAUUAAACAUAUUCAUCUCAGAUUUAAUUCUCCAGUCCAUGGAUCGUAGAGAAGUGACUGCUUUACUCUUACUGGACUUGUCUAAAGCUUUUGAUAGCUUAGAUCAUUCCAUUCUGCUAAGAAAACUUUCGAAUAUUGGAAUCUCGAAGCCUGCGUUGUUUUGGUUUAAAAGCUAUUUGACAGGCAGGUGCCAAUCAGUACGUAUUGCGUCAGUGUUAUCUGAUGAAUGUGAAAUAACUCGCGGUGUUCCGCAGGGAUCGAUACUGGGUCCGGUGUUAUUUAAUAUAUAUAUCAACGACUUGCCUGGUGUACCCAAGGAGUCCAAUUUGGAGUCGUACGUGGAUGACUCAAAAAUAUAUUUAGCAUUCUCAAUCAGGGAUGCCGAGUUGGCAGCUAUGAAACUCACUGAAGACAUGCGAAGAAUUACCGCCUGGUGCUGUCUUAACAGUUUAUUGGUGAAUCCAGAAAAAACCAAGUUGCUUAUAUUAGGUACUAGGCAAAUGUUAGAACAGGUACCUAAAAAUUUUCAAAUAACUAUCCUUGGUGAGAAUAUUACUCCAGUUGCUGUUGCAAAGGAUUUAGGGAUGAUAUUGGACUCAUGUUUGAGCUACGACGAACAUAUCGCAAGCGUUGUUUCAUCUUGUAUCGCUGGAUUGGGCCAAAUUAGCAGA